GGGUCGAGUAUCUCUCUUCCAUAUAUAAGACGCAGGAAUUGAGAUUCAAUCGAAAACGGAUAUCAUGGAGAAAAGCGAUGACGGAGAAGGGAAAAUGGGAGCGAAAGAAAUCGAGAAUCAUCGAGACUGGGCCGAUCUCACACACGUGUGCCUGAUAAAUGUGCUGUCGAGGGUGGGCCACGAGGACAGAUGGAAGGGGCCUAUGCUUGUGUGCAGAUCCUGGCUCCACGCGUCCAAGGAUCCUUCCCUCUUUUCCACCUUCGAUCUCGAGCCCAGAUUCCAGUCCACUACGUCCGAGGACUCCCCUCUCUGGUGGCGCCCUGACUUCGAGGCCAAGAUCGAUGGCAUGCUCCGAUCUGCCGUUGAUUGGAGCGAAGGUAGGAUCGAGGAGAUCCGCGUCAGGCACUGCUCCGAUCGAUCUCUCGCCUUCGCUGCCGAAAGGUCCCCAAAUCUCCAAGUGCUUUCAAUUAAGAGCUGCCCGAAUGUAACUGAUACAUCCAUCGCUAAGAUCGCAUCCAGGUGCUGCAUGCUUAGGGAGCUGGAUAUCAGCUACUGCUAUGAAAUUUCCUACAAAUCACUGGAGCUUAUUGGACGUGGGUGCCCAAACCUGAAAGUUCUAAAACGAAACCUGAUGAAUUGGUUAGACCCCUCGCAGCACUCGGGAAUUGUUCCUAGUGCGUAUCUAAACGCCCUUCCUCAAGAUGGUGACAGGGAGGCCUCUGUAAUUGCAGAACAUAUGUGCAAUCUGGAGCACCUUGAACUAAAGUUCUCCAAGAUGUCAGACAAAGGCCUUGCACUCAUUUCAGAUGGAUGCGGAAGCUUGGAGCACUUGGAUCUGUUUGGCUGUGCAAACUUGAGGAGCCAGGCCAUGGAACAUGCUUUUGCUAAGCUGAAGAAUCUGAAGAAGCUUGUGAGACCCAAUUUCUUUAUUCCAAGGUCCAGCUUCAAUGCGGAGAGGUAUGGCCAUUGGAGGUUGUACGACGAGCGCUUCCAGACGGGUGCUUUCUUCCAGAUUUGAUGAGAUGGAGCAGGUACUGAAGUUUAUACCAACUUAAAUUGUAUUUAUGCAG